AUGGCGGCGGCCAAUCCACAGCCACUACGGGCACGUCCGUACGAGGACCACCGAACGCGAGCUCCAAUACAGAUCGAGGACGAUGACGACGGAGAGUACGAAGACGUUGAUGGUAUGGAAGACAUGGAAGAGACAGCAGCAGUAACGCAAGUGAAUUCAGGCGUGAGCGUGGCGGAGCACCACCGUGGAGUAGGAGUAGGAGUUGGUGGUUGUGGUGUGGUUAUGGCUUCGAGGACGAGUGAGCUUACUCUCUCUUUUGAAGGAGAAGUUUACGUUUUCCCUGCUGUUACCCCUGAAAAGGUGCAAGCAGUACUCUUGCUUCUGGGAGGACGAGAUAUACCUACUGCAGUACCUACUAUUGAAGUGCCAUAUGAUCAAAAUAAUAGGGGAGUGGUUGACAACCCAAAGCGCUCAAAUCUUUCACGAAGAAUAGCCUCUCUUGUUAGGUUCCGUGAAAAACGAAAGGAGAGAUGUUUUGACAAGAAAAUAAGAUACACUGUGCGAAAAGAGGUUGCACAGAGAAUGCACCGCAAGAAUGGACAGUUUGCAUCCUUAAAAGAUAGUCCAGGGGGUUCAAGUUGGGACUCCGGUCAGAGUUGCCUUCAGGAUGGCCCUCGUCCAGAAACUGUCGUCCGGAGAUGUCAGCACUGUGGAGUUAGUGAAACUAAUACUCCUGCAAUGCGUCGUGGGCCAGCUGGACCCAGAACUUUAUGUAAUGCUUGUGGACUUAUGUGGGCAAAUAAGGGAACGUUGAGGGAUCUUAGUAAAGGAGGAAGGAAUCUUCCAAUAGACCAAAUUGAACCUGAAACACCAGUUGAUGUUAAGCCUUCCAUUAUGGAAGGGGGUUCUCUGGGAACUGCUAAAGAUCUUACCGAGCCAGUUAAUGAAGACAAUCAUUCUAUCAAUCCAGAUGAGGUUUUGCAAGAAGCUACUGAAGGUCUUACAAAUACUUUGCCGAUGGGAGUUGUUCAUUCUUCUGGAGAUGAUGAAGAGCAGGAACCACUGGUUGAGCUUGCUAAUCCCUCAGAUAUCGAACUUGACAUUCCUGCUAAUUUUGAUUAG